UUUUCAAAAACCAGCGAGGAUCAAUAUAUUUUUUUCUAAAUGGCAGGUUGUUUUGAAAUUUGGAAAAAAAAAAAAUUUGAAAAAACCCCAAUUUCCUAUCCCAGAACCCUCGGCGUCCCCCUCCCCAACCUUGCUCAUCGGUCAUUCACCUGUCGUUCUUCUCUCUCAGACUCGCUAUCGUUCUCGUCACUGUCUUCCUCACCUGCAAGCUCUCUCAGUCUCACCCGUCGUCGUGGCCUGUGUCGUCACUGUCUCGGAAUCCGCGGACUCAAGCCCUCCGUCGCGGCCUGUGUCUUCACCUUCUCGGACUCGGCGGAUCAAGCUCGUCGUCGCGGCCUGCGUCGUCACCGUCUCGCACUCGGUCGCCGCCUUCGGUGCGCUCGCUUCGCCGGCGGUAGAAGCAGACCGAACCAGCAUCUGGUCCCUCGGGUGGUGGUGGUCGUCGUCUUUUUGUUCGGCCGUCAGUUUAGUUGGUCAGCUUCCUUCACCGUCAAUUGGUCCCUGGACAGAUAUCUUAUGUCUGGAGAUAUAUCUGCUAAGGCACCUCACAUGCAAUUACUUUCUAAGUUAUUUCAAACUAUAGGGUUUUUUGGUUAUGCCCCCAUUACUUUUGUUUCAGAUUUCUUGGCAAGGCAAAUGAAGUGCAUAGGUAGCAGAUGUAAAUUCAACACUAGGCGCAAUAAUGUCAAUGCGGAAAUUCAUCAAACACCUUCGGUCAUGCCACCAAUCCCUGCCCAACACUCACAAACUCCAAAAAGCCACCACCACCGUGUCGAAGACCCUCACUCUUUGCUGAAAGAGGACCCAAUUGAAAUAUGCACAUCUUUGUGGGUCAAAUCCUUCUCCUCCCCAAACCACUACACAUUCUCCAACCUCACUGGUUUUCUCUCCAAAUUUGAUCUUUGGGUCCUUGCCUACCAGCGCUCUUGCGCCCACUCCACCGGCACCUUCCCUCCCCGCAAUGCCAUCCACUCCCACCACCUCCAAAACCUUCUCUCUCUCCGAAAUGCUGUUGUUUGUGGUCGUUUUAGAUGGAAUGACAAGGCCCACCAGCUCCUCCUCGCUCCCAACUCCUUAAAACCCCUCUCAAAACGCAAGCUUGAAAAGUUUAUGAACUCAUCUGAGCCCUGUUUCCAGGACCGGGUGGUUCAGGAGGUUCUCUUGAUGAUCCUUGAGCCUGUUUUCGAGUCUAGGUUUUCACAGAAAUCACAUGCCUUUCGACCGGGAAGAAGCGCGCAUACCGUGAUUCGAACAAUUAGGAGUAAUUUUGCUGGAUACUUGUGGUUUUUGAAGGGCGAUUUGAGUGAGAUUCUUGAUACUGUGGAUCAGAAUGUGGUCAUGGUGUGUCUUGAAAAAGGUACAAAGGAUAGGAAAAUCUUGGGUUUGAUAAAAUCUGCACUUAAAGAGCAUCCUUUGAAGUGUGUGUCUAGGAAUGAUGAGGAGAAGGAAGAGUUAAGGAAGGUUAAGAAGAGGAGGGCUACUAAGAAGAGGAUUCUCAAUGAGAAUGAGCCGAAGCCGGACCCGUAUUGGUUGAGGACUUUCUUCGGUUUCGCGCCAGAGGAGGCUGCUAAGGUACCUGAUUAUGGUUAUUGUGGGAUUUUAAGUCCAUUGAUUGCUAAUGUCUGCCUUAAUGAAUUGGAUCACAUGAUGGAAGGGAUGAUUGUUGAGUUUUUUAGGCCUUGUAAGUUUGAUUCAAUAUGGCGGUAUUCAAUUGAUGAUGGUUGUCAUAACCCUGCAUGGCCGGAGUUUGUUCCAGCCAGUGGAAAGGAGAAGACUAGGAAGAUGGAUUACAUAAGAUAUGGGGGUCAUUUCUUGAUUGGAAUCAGAGGGCCUAGGGAGGAUGCAGUGGAAGUUAGGAAAAAAAUUAUUGAGUUUUGUGAGAGUACUUUCGGAUUAAGGUUGGAUAAUUCGAAGCUAGAGAUUGAGCAUAUUUCAAGGGGGAUCCAGUUCUUGGAUCAUAUAAUAUGCCGGAGGGUGAUAUACCCGACAUUGCGUUACACUGGUUCUGGAGGUAACAUUGUGAGUGAAAAGGGUGUUGGAACCUUGCUUUCGGUUACUGCUAGCUUGCCGCAAUGCAUUCGUCAAUUUAGGCAUCUAGAACUGGUGAAGGGUGACAAGGACCCGAAGCCACUUCCUUGUACUCCUAUGUUGUAUUCGGGUCAAGCUCAUACGAACUCCCAAAUGAAUAAAUUUCUCGAGACCAUGGCUGAUUGGUAUAGGUAUGCUGACAAUCGCAAAAAAGUUGUUGGCUUUUGCGCUUAUGUAGUUCGUAGUUCUUUGGCCAAAUUGUAUGCUGCUAGGUACAGGCUGAAGUCACGUGCCAAAGUGUAUGGUAUAGCAUCGCGAAAUCUUAGCCGUCCGCUGAGGGAGAGCACUAACAAUUCUGCGCCUGAAUAUUCUGAUCUUUUGAGGAUGGGGCUGGUUGAUGUAAUUGAGGGUGUUCAGUUUUCACACAUGUCGUUAAUUCCAUCCUGUGAUUACACUCCAUUCCCAAGGAACUGGAUCCCAGGUCAUGAGCGGGUGUUGCAUGAGUACAUAAAACUUGAAAAUCCUAAGUUUUUCUGUGAAUUGCUCAGAACUGUCAAGCAAAAAGGUUUAAUUCUUCCUCAAGAAGAAAUAUCUCAAAUGGUAUGGGACUACAAAACUCUUGGGGUUCGUUAUUUCCAUUCCAAUCAAGAUCAAGAAAUCAAAACUGAUCCAAAGAAGAUAACUGAGUAAGUUUAGCAAUGAUAUACAGAUUAAUGGAGUCUUCUUGACACCGAGUUCUGUUUCUGAGCUGGUGACAACAGAAAAAUGGUUAUCUACACUGUUGGGUCGUUUUCUACAUCGAGUGGGCAAGUCCUUCAUACCCUACACUUACAUGAAACGUUUUUCCCAUGCUGAAAUUAUAGAAUCCAGAUGAGGGCAUUGUGAUUCACUAUCAACAAUGUAGAACAUCGCAUUGGUAAUAGGUACAGAAAAAAAUUACUGCAACAGUAAAACCACAUGUAGUCGAUGACUUUCUUCGCUGGAUUGGGAAUUUGGAGUUUCCUUGGAGUGAAAUUGUGAAUUCUUGAGGAUAAUAUUUAGGAUGCCAUAGAAGGUUGUUUGCUGGUUAUUUUACCAGGGAAGCACUUUAACAUAAUACUCGUAUCUAAUUUCACCAUGUUCCAUUAUUCAAAAGGAAGUGUUCAAGAGGAAUAAUUAUUUUCUCCUGUGGAAGCUACCUUCCUAUGACCACCAAGCAUAGGGAAUUCCAUCUACUACUGGUAAUUUUUAACUACUGCAGGAUGGAAUAUUUGUUGGAGAUUGAUGAAUGUUGAUUGAUCAACUAUGAUAUUAAUAAUUUCGAAAUUAAUGUGUUUGAAAUUAACAAGCCAUCUGAUCUACUUUGCUUGUCUCUGACAUUAGAGUGUGUGAUACAGUUUGUUUUCCAUUGAUGAGACAAUUAUCUUAAAGUUUCCAUCAGUGGAAGGUAGAUGAAAUGUAGGUGCCGAAUUUAUGCAUACUGUUGUGGAUUGGAAUUUAUUUUGGAGGACUGUGGUCAAAUUAGAAAACUUAGAUGAAGAGCAAUAAUGUUAUCUACUUAGUCCUUACAGCAUGGGAAAAACGUUUCUUAUAUCAUUAUGCAUUAUUGUACAUCUACCAAUAAUGUCUGACAAAUAGUUGAAAAUAAUAAUUAAAUGUUUUUUUCUUAUUUGGUUGAAAAUGAGUAGAAGAAUAUUUUACAUAUUGUAUUGUAUAGUUGGUCUGUUGGUGUAUGGAUUCCAAUGUGUUAUUAGGUGUUUGAGCUACACUUUAAAACAACCUUCAGUUCUGUCCUUCUUGUUGCUAGAUAAAUUAGACAAGAAAAUAGGAGUAUGUUAUAUUUGAAGAUGUGGUAUUAGAUUCUUGUCGCUACAACAAAAGAGCUGAAGAUGUUUGUCCUUAAGUAAUUUGGAUGUACUUUUUCCUAUUGGGACAAUUUUGGAUGUGCUGUUAAUGUAAACAAAUGAUCAUAUUUAAUGCAA